UAUAAUUAAACGGAAAGCAUUACAACCAGUCAAUAAUUAUUAAAACAACUUAUAAACAUAAAAGCAAUAGCUGGAUAAUAAAGAAACCACGGAAUACUAUGUCGAAUGUUAAAAAAAGAAAAGCCGAAGAUGAUUUGGAUCAUAUUGAGCCAGCUGACGAUGAUAUGGAAUUCUCAGAGGAUGAAGAAGGUGGAACUCGAGUUGGUGGCAUUUUCAUACCACCGCCUGUAAAGGCUUAUUGUUCAGCUGAAAGUAAAGGACCACGUAUGGUCAUUACACACAUUGAAAACACUAAUUUUAAGAGUUAUGCAAAUACAGUCAGUGUUGGACCAUUUCAUCAUGUAAGAUAAUUAAAUUAAAUGUUAUAACUGAUUUUUAUUAAUAGGAACUUUAUUUUAGCGAUUCUCUGCAGUCAUUGGACCAAACGGAAGUGGCAAGAGUAAUGUAAUUGAUUCUAUGCUGUUUGUUUUCGGUUAUCGCGCUCAACAAAUUCGAUCGAAAAAGUUGUCAGUUUUAAUCCAUAAUUCUUCAAAGUAUCCAAAUAUUAAUAGCUGUAAAGUUGCUGUACAUUUCAAGCAGAUCGUCGACAAAGAAGAUGGAACAUUUGAAUUCGUGCCAAACAGUGAAAUUGUCGUUGCUAGAACAGCAUUUAAGACAAAUAAUUCGUUUUAUACAAUUAAUGGCAAAGAAAAAAAAUUUAAGGAAGUCGCUAAAUUGCUCGAGACUCAUGGCAUUGAUUUAUUACAUAAUCGAUUCUUAAUCUUACAAGGAGAAGUUGAGUCAAUUGCUAUGAUGAAGGCAAAGGCACAAGCACCAAAUGAGACAGGUCUUCUCGAAUAUCUUGAGGAUAUUAUUGGAACUGAGAGAUAUAAGAAACCACUGACACAAAUUAAUGAACGACUUGAGAAAUUGAAUGAGGAACGAACUGAGAAGCACAAUCGUUGUCGUCUAGCUGAACGUGAGAUGAAAGAUUUGGAACUGCCAAUGACACAAGCUGUUGAAUAUUUAAAACUUGAGAAUAAACUAUAUCAAGCACAAAAUCUUCAUUUACAGCUAUAUAUUUCGCAUAAGAAACAAGAAAUACAGAAAUAUGAGGAAGAGAAAAAGGAAGCAGGUGAAGUUUUAAAGGAACACGACGAUAAAUUCGACGAAAUUAAGAAACAGCGCCAAGAAAAAGAGAAAAUAAUCCACGAUGAGAUGAAAAAGUACGAAGAACUGCAAACAAAGAUUGAGGAAUUUAAAAAUAUGGAAGCUAAGGCACGCGACAAGCACCAGCGUGUUGAUGCUAAAAUGAGAGAAACAAAUACACGCCGUAAAGAUUUAAAGAAACAAAAUGAUAAUGAACAGAAGAAACUCGAUCAAUUAAGAACAUUGCCUGAACGGAAUCAAAAGGAAAUUGAUGAGAGCCAAAAGAUUGUUGAACGUCACAUGAAAGAAAAAGAUGAACUGGAAGCUACACUUGAAGAAAAUACGAAAAGCUUGAAAAAUGACACAAAACCACUUCAAGAUGAAAAGGAACCACUUGAAAAAGAAUUGGGUGUUUUAAAAGCAUCACUCGAUACAUUAAAAGCUGAUUAUACAGAAGCUGAGAAGGAAUUGGAAAUCAUUAAAAAGGACGAGACAACGGAAAUUCGCAAAUAUGAAUCCUUAAAACAUUCGUUUGAGGACACAAAGAAGCAAUUGGAAGAAAAGCAGGAAACUGUUGAAAAAUUAAAGGUAGAAAUUCCACAAAUGAAGCAACAAGUUGUCGUUAAGCAAGAUGAAGUCAAGGGAUUACAGCAAGAAGAACAAGAAGUUGCUGUCGAUUUGAGAAAAGUUCGAAUGAAGCUUGAAGAAAGCAGAACGAACAUGCAAGUGGCACAAAGUAAUAAUAAAGUGCUGAAUGCUUUAAUGAAAGAGAAACAAAAGGGAACAAUUCCUGGAAUUCUCGGUCGUCUUGGUGAUCUUGGUGCCAUUGAUAAGCAAUAUGAUGUUGCUAUUUCUACAUGCUGUGGACGACUUGACAAUAUUGUUGUAACUGACGUUGAAACAGCUACAAGAUGCAUUCAGUUUUUAAAGGAUCACAAUAUUGGUCGUGCUACAUUCAUUGCCUUGGAUAAAGUUGCUCAUUACAUCAACGAAUACAGAAAAAAGAAGCAAUACCCACAAAAUGUACCUCGUCUCGUUGAUUUGAUUAAAGUUGAAGAUGAACGAGUUCUUCCAGCAUUCUACUUUUCACUUUUUGAGACAUUAGUUGCGAGAGAUAUGGCACAAGCCAGAGAAAUCGCAUAUGGACAGACAAGAUAUCGAGUAGUAACAAUGAAUGGUGAAGUUAUUGAAAUAUCUGGUACAAUGUCUGGUGGUGGUCGAUCAAAAAUCAGCGGACGUAUGGGACAAAAAGUACAAACAAAAUCAGCAUCAAGACAUUCCAUGUCAGAGAAGGACAUUGAGACAUUAUCAGCAGCAGCACAAGUCAUGCAAGGAAAGAUUAAUGAUUUCCAACAUCGUCAAGGACUUUUAGAAGAGGAAAUUCGGAAAUUAAACAUCACAAUCAGCCAAAAAGAGCAGGAAUUGAAGAGAUUGGUGCUCAAUGUGAAGAGUUAUGCUGAGCAAAUUCCAAGAUUGCAAGAACAGCUUAACAAACAGAAACAAAAAGCUGAUUCUACAAAAUCUGAUUCUGCAAAAGUUGCUGAUCUCGACAAAAAGGUAACAAAAUGCAAGGCAAGCUUCGAGAAAAAGAGUGAGGAAGUCGAAGAAAUCCAAACUAAAGUAAAUGCGAUCAAUGCAAAAAUUAAGGACAUUUCUGAUAAGAAAAUUAAGGAUGUACAAACGAAUAUUAAGAAAAUAACUCAGCAAAUUGAUAAAUUAACAACAAAUAUCAAUAAAUUAACAGUAGAGAUUCGCACAACAGCCAGAAAUAUCCAAAAAGCAGAGGAAAGAAUUGAACAUAAUAAGAACGAAGUCACAGAAUGUGAAGCCUCACUCCAUAAAAUGGCUGAAGAACGUACAGAAUGUAUUAAAGAUAGCGAGGAACUGGCAAAGAGAGUUGAAGAUAUGAAAAAGGAACUUGAAGAUGCCACAAAAGAUUCAUCGUCAACUAAAAAGGAAAUUGCUGCACUUCAGAAAGAGGAAGCAGAUGGAAAAAUGAAGCGACUUGAGCUUGAUGAUAAAUUAAAGACAAUUGAAAAGUCAUUAAAGGAACAGUCUGUAAAAGUUCCACAAUGGGAAAAGAAAAUUACAGCAUUAAAACUUCAUAAAAUUCCAAAUGAGGAAAUGCCAGAUCCGCCAUUUAGAGUUUACACAGAUGAGGAACUGAAGCAACGAAAAGUCAACGACACACAGUAUGAAAUCACGUCAUUAGAAGAGAAAUUAUCGGUCAGCAAGCCAAAUCUUGGUGUUAUUGAAGAUUACAAUAAGAAACGUGAAGCAUAUUUGGAACGUAUUAAUGUUCUUGAGGAUGUGACAUUAAGGCGUAAUGAAAUGAGAGAAGCACUUGACAGUGUCAAAAAGAAGCGGUUCCAAGAGUUCACAGAAGGAUUCCAAAUAAUCAGCAGAAAAUUGAAGGAAAUGUAUCAAAUGAUAACACUUGGUGGUGAUGCUGAAUUGGAGCUUGUCGACUCGAUGGAUCCAUUUAGUGAAGGAAUUGUAUUUUCUGUCAGACCACCAAAGAAGAGCUGGAAAGUGAUCACAAAUCUGUCUGGUGGUGAAAAAACUUUAUCGUCAUUAGCGCUUGUGUUUGCCUUGCAUUAUUACAAACCGUCACCGCUGUACUUUAUGGAUGAGAUUGAUGCUGCUCUUGAUUUUAAGAAUGUUUCCAUUGUUGCCAAUUAUAUUAAUGUGAGUUUAAGUUCAAUUUUAAUUUUUGUUUUAAACUGCCAAAUAUUUAAAAUUUUACAAAACCUCUACACAUUCAUAUAUUACAAAACCGCUAAAAAUUCAAAUCAUACAAAACCUCUAAACAGUCAAAUUUUACAUAACCGUUAAAUAUUCAAAUUUUACAAAACCGUUAAAACUUUAAAUUAAUGUUUUCUUUAAAUCUACAAAUUCGUUGACCUAAACUCAGAGUUUAUUUACAUUGUUAUUAAUCUAACUUGUAUGCUUAUGUUGCUGAUUAUGUUUAUUAUUUCUGCUCCUCUUUUUAAAUCCAAUUACAGGAACGAACGAAGAACGCCCAAUUCAUUAUCAUCUCACUUCGAUCGAACAUGUUUGAACUUGCUGACUAUUUGGUUGGAAUUUACAAAGUCACAGAUUGCACACAAUCAGUUACAGUCCGUAAUGACUACAAAGAAAAAGAGUUUGGAACUGAACAUGAGAAGGAGAAUCAAGAUGAAAAUCUUAAAAAUCACGAUACGAUGAUUGGAACUACUUCAUCACAAUCCUUAAUCAAGGAGAACAGCCAAAUUGCGAAUAAUUCUCAAUCAUCACUUGAAAUUUCGAAUGUUUCGCAAAAUUAAUUUAAAGUUCAUAAUUUAACUAGUUUGAUAAACUCUUUUUUUAUACAAGCAAAGUUCAUGACUUUAACGUGAACUAAUAAAGAAAAACAUUAAUAUAAAUAUUUUAAAAACAAAAUUACACGAAAUUAUUC